AAAAAAAAAAAAAAGUAGUUGGAUACUUUUGAAAGAUCUUGAAAUUGGUUUCGAUGAAUAUCUCAACAACGAAUCCUGACCAAGAACUCACCGAGAUCGGAGCUACCGGUUCCGGUACCAACAAUUACUUCUUCAACUCGGAGAUGAGAGAGCACAUGUUCGACAAAGUGUUGACUCCAAGUGACGUCGGUAAACUAAACCGGCUCGUGAUUCCGAAGCAACAUGCAGAGAACUACUUCCCUCUAGAGGACAAUCAAAAUGGCAUAUUUUUGGAUUUCCAAGACAGACUCGGCAAGAUGUGGAGGUUUCGUUACUCGUACUGGAACAGUAGCCAAAGCUACGUGAUGACCAAAGGCUGGAGCCGUUUCGUGAAAGAGAAGAAACUCACCUCCGGAGACACCGUCUCUUUCCACCGUGGUUACAUCCCCGACGAUAACGCACCGGAGAGACGUCUGCAAAUAGUGCUCAUCGAUUGGAGCCAUAAAGCUGAACGUAACCAGCAUGGCUUAAGUUUCGGGUCAUAUCCAACGGUUACUUUCUAUCCGGCGCCAGAAUAUUCCAUGCCAAGCCACCGGAGUUUUCAUCCGUUUCAUCAUAACCAAUAUCAAGAAAGGGAGUCUCCAGUGUAUGGCUAUGGUAGAUUUGUUUACGGAGGGCGUUACUACGAAGGGUCACCGUUGGUUUAUGCCUCAGUUCCUGUUUUUCCUCCUGCUAUGAGGGUUCCACCACCGGCGCCUCCUCAGCCGUCGGCGACGAGGAAGCUGAGGCUGUUUGGGGUUGACGUGGAAGAGUCUUCUUCUUCAGGGGAGACACGUGGCGAGAUGGGAGUCGCAGGUCACUCUUCUUCGUCUCCGGUCGUGAUCAGAGACGAUGAUCAAUCACCUUGGAGGUCGCCACGUGGCGAAAUGGGUGCAGGGACUUCUUCGGCGAUGCAGCUAUGUGAUGAUGAAGAAUAUAAGAGGAAAGGGAAAUCUUUAGAGCUCUAAAGAUAGAAUAAAAUAAAAAAAUAUAUAAUUAUUUCACCAUUUUUCUUUAAUUUUAUCCUCUUGUUUCCUUAUUUUAAGUUCGUUCAAACUUUCAAAUCAUUAGGUCAUUUGGGCAAUUGGGGAAUAUCAGAAUAUGUAGUGGGAAAAUAAC